AUGCUAGUCCGGUUUUCAACGAAGCCUUGCUUCCGGCUACUUUGUCGCCACAAGGUUCCAGCAGCCGGCUUUUGGAGCCCAGCAACACCCGGGCUCAUCUUACAGUCGACCUCCAAUGACGUGUAUCAAAAUCUGGCUUUAGAAGACUGGAUCCACGACCACGUACAUCUAGACGGCAAGCCAGUUCUUUUCCUUUGGAGAAAUUCUCCCUGUGUUGUCAUGGGCAGGCACCAGAACCCAUGGCAGGAAUGUAACCUCCGUCUGAUGAGACAGGAAGCUAUAAAACUGGCUCGGAGGAGGAGUGGAGGAGGGGCAGUGUACCACGACAUGGGUAACAUCAACCUGACCUUCUUUACCACCAAAACCAAGUACGACCGAAUGGAAAACCUGAGAUUAAUUGUGAGAGCUCUGAACGCUGUCCAACCCCACCUGGACGUGCAGCCCACCAAAAGGUUUGACCUGUUACUCGAUGGGCAGUUUAAAAUCUCAGGAACUGCAUCGAAGAUUGGCCGGAUCGCCGCAUACCACCAUUGCACCUUGCUGUGCAAUACCGACAGGGCGGCUUUGUCUUCUCUGCUCAAGAGCCCACUCCAAGGGAUAAAGAGCAAUGCUACUCCCAGCAUCCCCUCUGUAGUCAAGAACCUCCUGGAAAAAGACCCCUCGCUGACCUGUGAGACUCUGAUGAGUGCCAUUGCCGCGGAGUAUGCGGCUUACCAUCACACCGAUAAUCACAUUAACCUAAUAAACCCGGCAGACGAGACACAGUUUCCCGGGAUCAACAGCAGAGUGAAAGAAUUGCAAGGUUGGGAAUGGGUGUACGGUCGGACUCCUAAGUUUAGCGUCAACGCCACAUUUCACGUGCCGUGUGAACAGGCGCGUUUGGAAAUUCAGGUGUCCAUAGACGUAAAGAAUGGACUCAUCGAAACCUUCGAUAUAAAAGCACCUGGCCAUUGGCUGCCGCCGGAAAUAGGUAACACGUUAAACUCAAGUUUUAUUGGCAGCAAAUUCUGCCCCACUGAAACCACCCUGCUGACGAAUAUGCUACUGAGGACGUGUCCGGAUGACCAGCGCUUACACAGUAAAUGGAAGAUUCUAUGUGAGAAAAUCAGGGGGAUAAUGUGACCCCGAGUAACUGUUUUUACAGACAGUUUCAGUGACAUUUGGAACAUGGUAUUGGACCAGGCUGGCCUCAAACGCAGAGGUCUGCCUGCUUCUGGCCCCUGAGUUCUGGGGUUAAAGAUAUGUACCCCUACG